UCAAAGUGUAUGGGUCGAACUGUGCUAAAUGUUCGAUACAAGCCGCACGAUCUUCCACCUCCAAAUGACUGCAUACAUGAGAGAGUUUCAAAAUUUAAAACAGGCUGCCAGAUAUGUUGUUAAAUUAUCAAGGCCUUUCGGAUUGAUGGGAAUCUUUUUAUGUUUUCCUUUGGAUUUUUGAAUUGAUGAUUAGUGAUAAUGCAGGAUCUGGUGUGAAGUACUAAAACGAAAGACUUGACUAAGGAGCUGGGAACUAAGCGCACAUCUUACGUUAGCACAUCAUUUUGAGAUCCAGUCCAGAUCCGGACCAAGAGUAACAUCCUCAGUCCAACGACACCAAGUUGCUUGAUUUCUGGUUGUCAGGACAACAGGCUUUUCUGGACCAGGGCGGUCCCACGAUGGGGAAGACCGGGCAGAGUACAGUGGACUUAAGCUCCCCAUCAGAGGUCAAACAAGCUGUCCCUUCUGAGGACCUGGACUCCACAGGCCCCCCUACAGAACAGAAGAAGGAAAAGGAGGUUCCACCCGACAGGGGAGGCUGGAAGGGGAAGUUUGACUUCCUGCUGUCAUGUGUUGGAUAUGCCAUUGGAUUGGGAAAUGUCUGGAGGUUUCCUUAUUUGUGUGGCAAAAAUGGUGGAGGUGCCUUCCUAAUUCCAUACUUUAUGACCCUGGUGUUUGCUGGGAUACCGCUCUUCUUCCUAGAGACAUCGCUGGGACAGUUCACCUCAGUAGGUGGGCUAGGGGUGUGGAGACUUAUUCCUAUGAUGAAAGGUGUUGGUUUGGCUGCUGUUGUAUUGUCAUUCUGGCUAAAUAUCUACUACAUAAUCAUAAUUGCCUGGGCUCUCUACUACUUAUUCAACUCCUUCAGUUCGGAGCUGCCAUGGCAGAGCUGUGAUAAUCCCUGGAACACCGAAAACUGCUUCUCCAAUUACAGCCUGACAGACACCACCAACUUGACCAGCGCUGUCACAGAGUUCUGGGAACGUAACAUGCACCAGCUUACUAAUGGUCUGGAGGAGCCAGGAGAGCUGCGCUGGCCUUUGGUGGGCACCUUGGCCCUGGCUUGGGUUCUUGUCUACUUCUCAAUCUGGAAAGGAGUAGAGUGGACGGGAAAGGUGGUUUAUUUUUCGGCCACCUAUCCGUACUUCAUGCUGUUCAUCCUGUUCUUCCGAGGAGUCACCCUUCCCGGAGCCAUUGAUGGCAUUCUGUUCUACAUCACCCCAGACUUCAAUAAGCUCGUUAGAUCUGAGGUGUGGUUGGAUGCAGCAACUCAGAUCUUCUUUUCAUAUGGACUGGGCUUGGGCUCACUUAUCGCACUUGGAAGCUACAACACUUACCACAAUGAUGUGUACAAGGACUCCAUCAUAGUAUGCUUCAUCAACUCUUGUACUAGCAUGUUUGCUGGGUUUGUUAUCUUCUCUAUUGUAGGAUUCAUGUCCUACAUCACAAAGAAACCAGUGCAGGAACUAGCAGCAUCAGGUCCAGGUUUGGCAUUUCUCGCCUAUCCUCAGGCAGUCACCCAGCUUCCCAUGUCUUCCCUCUGGGCCAUCCUUUUCUUUUCAAUGCUCAUGAUGCUCGGUUUGGACAGCCAGUUCUGCACCGUUGAAGGAUUCAUCACAGCUCUAAUGGAUGAGUAUCCCCUAGUGUUGAGGAAGAGGAAGAAGCUCUUCAUCCUUAUUGUUUGUUUAAUCUCCUUCAUCAUUGGAUUCUCUAAUAUCACUCAGGGUGGUCUGUAUGUCUUCAAGAUGUUUGAUUACUACUCUGCCAGUGGGAUGUGUCUUCUCUUCCUUGUCUUCUUUGAAACUGUUUCCAUAUCCUGGUUUUAUGGAGCUGAACGGUUUUACAAGAAUAUUGAGGACAUGAUUGGUUAUCGGCCAUGUAUCUGGUGGAAGCUCUGUUGGCUCUUCUUUACACCACUGAUCUGCCUGGGAGUCUUCACCUUCAGUGCAAUUGAAAUGACCCCACUAAUGCUUGGGAAGUAUGUGUAUCCAUUGUGGGGCCAAGUGAUUGGAUGGUGUAUGGCCCUGUCCUCAAUGAUCCUCAUCCCAGGCUAUGUGAUCUACAUGUUUUUAACCACCAAAGGCAGCAUCAAACAGCGUUGGAAGAAGAUGACAACUACCCAGGAGGAUGAAAAGUCAUCAGGGCUGGAAGAAUUCACACACACAGGGAGCAUGGUAGAGGCUCCUGUGUAGCCAGGAUUGUUCAAGUCAGGCUGUUCCAUCUGCCAGGAGUUUAAGUGGUCUCUGCUGAAAUGUAAAAAUUGGGUAAAAGAAGACUAGAAAAAAUAACUUAAUUUGUUUCACUCCAACCAGUGUUGUGGUUGAAACCUUUUUGUGCUUAUAACAAUUUUCUUUAGCAGUAUGUUUCCUAAAAAAGAAACCAAAAUAAGUCACGAGUAAAACUGUGAACAUAACCUAUAUUUCCACUGUUAUUGGUUACCGUGCUCUGCAAAGCUACUCAUACCUAAUAAACUUUUUUUAAUAUUUUUUAAGUUACAGCCACAAACUUUAAUUUAUGAUAUCAGAAUUUUAUGUGAUAAGCCAAAAUAAAGUAGGACAUCAUUAGGAAGAAGUAUGAAAAGAAAGUUCUAGAAUAAACAAGUUCUCACCAACUAGAAUUAAUAAAAUUUGCUAUGCAUUUGCAGUAAGCAGAGGUGUUAAGAGUACUAAUGUUUAUUACUCAAACAGAAGUAGGAAUUCUACUGUUUAAAAACACUUUUGGAGAAGUUAGCUUUUUAAUUGAG